AUGAAGCUUUGCAAUAUCGUUCUUGGCGCUGCUGCGGCCGCCUCGGCGCUCGCAGCUCCAGCUGCCGAUGUCCCAACCCCGACUGCAAAGACGGGCAAGCGCUCCAGCAAGUUCAAGUUCGUCGGCGCCAACGAGUCUGGAGCUGAGUUCGGCAACAAGGCGCUUCCAGGCCAACUUGGCAAGGACUACACCUGGCCGGUCAGGUCCAGCAUUGACACGCUCAUGAGCAAAGGAAUGAACACCUUCCGAAUUCCCAUUAUGAUGGAGCGUCUCAUCCCCACCAAGUUGACUGGCAGCAUCAACGAGACGUACGCCCAAGGGCUGACUGAUAUCGUCUCAUACAUCACCGGCAAAGGGGCCUACGCCGUCGUCGACCCUCACAACUUCGGCCGGUAUUACAACAACAUCAUUAGCGACGUCGACGGCUUCAAGGCCUGGUGGGCGACGACGGCCAAGCUGUUCGCCAGCAACGACAAGGUCAUCUUCGACACCAACAACGAGUACCACGACAUGGACAACUCGCUGGUGGCGCGGCUCAACCAGGCGGCCAUCGACGGCAUCCGCGGGGCGGGCGCGACGUCGCAGUACAUUUUUGUCGAGGGCAACUCCUGGACCGGCGCAUGGACUUGGACCUCCUCCGGCAACGGCCAGAGCCUGGCGAGCCUGACGGACCCGCAGGACAAGCUGGUGUACGAGAUGCACCAGUACCUGGACUCGGACGGGUCGGGCACGUCCGAGACGUGCGUGUCGGCGACGAUCGGGCAGGAGCGCAUCCGCGACGCGACCGCCUGGCUCAAGGCGCAGGGCAAGAAGGGCGUGCUGGGCGAGACGGCGGGCGGCGCCAACGCGCAGUGCAUCGCCGCGCUGACCGGCAUGCUGGGCGACAUGGCCAGCAACUCGGACGUCUGGCUGGGCUGGCUCUGGUGGGGUGCUGGGCCCUGGUGGGGGUCGUAUAUCUAUGGGAUGGAACCGCCGAGUGGUGUUGCGUAUCAGAAAGUGUUGCCGAGUCUGCAGGCGUACAUCUGA